AUGAGAGGAUCUGUUUCGACGGAUCUCAUGUCUCCUGCCCAUCCAGUUCGCCGUUCACUGACUCUGGAGGAACUCGGGGCGAACGUAGAUGAGGAACGGAAGAGGCUAUUGUCCGACGGCGAUAGGCCCUUUGAUGAUGACGACGGACUCGGAGACGAGGAUAACGUGCCACCUGUCUCUUACUGGGCUCGGUAUCGCAGAAUUGUUCUGGUUACAACGUCGCUUCUCGUAUCUUUGAUCUUUGCUAUCGUCUUUCUUCCAACGCUCGCUGGUUUAGUGUAUCCGUCUCCGCGCCCGUCUGCUGAUUUUAAUUCCAGGCGACUCCGCAGCAACGGCACUCACGAUUUCAGGAAGACUGCUCUCAUUGUCUCAAUUGACGGCCUACGGGCGGAUUACCUCGACCGCGGCUUGACACCACAUCUCUUAGACAUCGCAAAGAAAGGCCUUCGUGCGAAGUCUAUGAAGCCAAUAUUUCCCACCUUGACCUUUCCAAACCAUUGGGCAUUGAUGACGGGUCUGUAUGCCGAAUCUCACGGUAUCGUCGGGAACAAUUUCUGGGAUCCCGAGACCGAGAAGGAGUUCCUGUACAGCAGUAUUGAUUCGGCCUGGGACUCGUCAUGGUGGUUGGGUCAACCUAUGUGGGAGACGGCCGAGCAAGCGGGCAUUAUCACUGCAAACCUGAUGUGGCCAGGACCACCAACAACCAUGACUGGGGCUUCUCCCACAUAUUUUGUACCUUGGAAGGACAAGGUUCCACUUCAAGAGAAGCUCGACCAGAUCGUGGCGUGGAUUGACUUGCCUCUCGAUGAACGGCCUCAGUUGAUCAUGGCAUAUGAACCUUCCUUAGACCAAGCUGGUCAUCUGGCCGGACCCGCCUCGGAGCUUGUCAACAAAGUCCUCCAUAACGUGGAUGUCUUCGCAAAAGAUUUACACUCCGUCCUCGAAGCGCGCAACUUGACUGACAUAGUCGACAUCGUGUUCGUCAGCGACCACGGCAUGACAGACACCAGUAAUCCCGAGCACAUUUAUAUCGAUGACAUUCUUGGCGAAGGUUUUUCAAUGAUCGAACACGAAGACGGCUGGCCAUCGAUGGGCCUCCGCUUCCGUCCCGAGGCCGAUGAUGAGAAGUACCUCAAUAUCUUGCUGGCCGCUGCAAAGGCUAGCGGGGGCAAAUUCGCCGUGUACACUCACAACACGAUGCCAGAGCGCUACCACUUCGCGCAUAAUUACCGUAUUUCCCCUAUAUAUGUCGUGCCGCGAAUGGGCUAUGUGCUUACAAACCGGAUCGAGAACGGGACGGGCAUGAGCAAGGGUAAUCAUGGCUAUGACAAUAGUGAACCGUCGAUGCAGGCAAUGUUCGUUGCACAUGGGCCUUUCUCGGCUGUGGUGAAGGCGGUCGAACAGUCGCGCACAAAGGGACAUAUCCUCCCGCGUUUCCUGUCGCGGCCCAACAAAGGUUGGCACUCAACCGCAGAUGACACGUUCGUGAUGGACGCGUUCGAGAACGUGAAUAUAUACAACCUCAUGAUGAAGCUUGUCGGCAUUGAGGAGCAUGCGGCGCACACAAAUGGCACGAAGGGUUUCUGGGAUAAGUACUUUUAG